CAGUCUGUUUUUCGACCGCACCCACUCGCCCACCUCAUCUCACCGUUAAAUUAGUUGGUUAGCGACAUCCACCACACCACAACACGCAACACAACAUUGAAAACACGACAAAGGCAUUUUUGCACACUCUACCAGAACUGAAAUCACGCACGUUACCUUCCCAAAUGGCAAAAGUGUCAGCUCUCCUCUCAACUUUCGGUAUCAUGCUGUUGUGGCCUUUUGUCCUGACAAAGAGCAUGUCAUCGAUACUUCACGCGACUCACGCUGACUCCUCCGUGUCUGCAGGCCAUGGAGAAGAGCGCUCCCAUGUGGUGAAACGCUCCACCCAGAACUGUGACUCCUCUUAUGCCAACUACUGCAUGAACGGAGGUCAGUGUAUGCUGCUGGUGGAUGUCAAGGAGCACCAUUGCAAGUGUCACAGCGGUUUCUACGGCCCCCGCUGUAGUAACCUUGAGCUGGUCUUCAAGCCAGUAGGAGAGGGGCAGCCACGCUUCAACUCUUUAAAAGAUUUCUGUACAAGAAAAAUAAAUGCAAUCCCAAACAGAAGCGACAUGGCUAUAAAGGAGUGCAGACAGCGUAGCGUUUCCACGCUGGAAAUGACGACAUGA